AACGCCCUGGACAGGUGGAGGUGGUCAUGCAAACAGGUUCAUACUUUGAGGAAUAAGUCAACGUGCCCCCCCUCCCCGUUUUCUCAUUUAAAAAGCCUCGGAUUUUAAAUGUAUCUCUAACUACGUUAAUCAGUAUAUAUCUUUUACUCGUUAGUCUAGUGUGUCGUACUGCAGAUUGAAUGUUGAAUUAAUAAUCCCGAUACCUACAGCACAGCUUCACCCCGGGCAAUGAGCUCUCUGCUGCUGUCCAACUGCACCAUGAAGGACUGCGAAUCCGUUCUCCACUACUCCGCACCGGGGAAGGCCGGCGUGCAGUUCUCGUCCGCUCUGCACUCCCAGCCCAAGUCCCAGACUUUCAGCCCGCAGUCGGGGCCUCACCUGCUGGCCAGCAUUCAGCUUCAGAAGCUCAACAGCCACUACCAGAACCUGGCGGCGGCCUCCACCCCCAGUGGCGGACCCACCCGGGGCUGCAGCACAGUAUCCGCAGGUGCCGGGCAGCCGGGCUCCGCUGGCACGGGCCAGUGUCCUGGCAUCUUUGAUUCCGACCCUGUGGAUGAAGAGGUUCUCAUGUCCCUGGUGGUUGAGCUGGGCUUGGAUCAGGCUAACGAGCUGCCGGAGUUAUGGUUGGGGCAGAACGAGUUUGACUUCAUUUCCGACGUUUCUGCCGGCCGCUGACCAGCUACGGCGCACUCUUACACAGUAUUUAAGGAAUACAGAGUUUUUUUUCUUUUUUGAAGUGUCUAUUUUUGUGAGCCGGCCUAGACAGUGCCUCCCUCUGCAUUGUGAAGCCGUUUCUCCUUAUUUUAAAGUUCAAGGUGAAGCUCGGAUAACAUGGUGUUCUUGUGAACUUUGGAAUCUCGUCGCGACUUGACGGUACCUUCAAGCUGAAAAGCCAAAGGGAGGAUUGUAAACUACUUUAUUUGACAAAACCUGUUUGGUUUAUUUUCCUUGGAUUUAUUGUUUUUUUUUUUUUUAAUUAAAAACCUAUCUAUGGCUCAAUCUGAGUCUCUAAGUUGAAGAUGCGAGGUUUUUCCAGCAAACUGACUGAAAACAGACUUUCUUUGACUUUUUUUUUUUUUCAGCCGAGUCGAGGAGGCAGCUCUACAAAUAGCCUUUUGAAGACAAACGGCUUCACCUGACCCCCUGGUCUGGAUGGAUGGAUGGCCGCAGUUCUUUCUUCCCAGGCCUUAUUGUGGCAGGCAGUGUGCUGUUACAGCCCAGUAACUGAAGGAGGCCCUGAAAUGCGGGCCUGUCCUGGCCCAGUCCCGCCCACCACUGUCAAGCUCCGCCCCUUCAGUGUGCGCGAUCAGAGCCAUUCCAUCCGAUCUGUGUGGGCAAAGGAAAAGUUUUUUUUUUUUUAACAAAAGCUGUGUGUGGCUUGUGGGUUAAUUUUUCCUGCUUUCUCUGAGAAUAAUUUUGGUCUAAGCUGCCUUUAAAUAUGUUUAUAAGAGAAUUGUCAAAGACCUUCUUGGAAAGGUGAAAGUGACGACGCACGGCAAGUUCCACACUGAAGUUUGGUGUUGGAUUUCUUUAAAAGCUUCGGACUAACGCACGGCUGAAGUCAACUCUCCUUCGGUUUUCAGCACCGUCACCUUUUCGGAUGGGGUUGUAAAUAUACCCCUGGGUGGGAACUUUUAUUUUUUGGGCAGAUGUUGGGGGGGGGGGAACAUGAAGCUGCUGUGGUUGCAGGAUGGGAACGGGAAGGCGUCCAAUGGAAAGCAGGCCUGUGAAAUCAUGUUUGCAUCUAGUAAAUAUAAACUUUUUUUUUAACCAUUAA